AAUGCGUAAAAAAACAUACCAACACAAUAUUCUGGCAUAUUGCUAAUGAAACAUGAGGCUCCACUACCUUACCCUUUUCCUCCUUUUGGUCCCUUUGGAGUUGAGCACCAUUUAUGGUCUCUCUACACAAGGAAAUGUGCCUAAGAAAUCAUCCAUCAAGCCCUUAUUACCACCCCCUGAGGCCUUGCUGUCCAUUGGUCACUAUCACACAACAUGUCCUGAUGCUGAAGGCAUCAUCUCACAAAAGGUUGCUGCUUGGGUUAAGAAGGACCCUACAUUGGCCCCUGCCAUCAUACGCCUUCAUUUCCAUGACUGUGCUGUUAUGGGAUGCGAUGCAUCAAUAUUGCUCAACCAUCCAGGGAGUGAGAGGACUGCAUUAGAGAGCAGAACCCUGAGAGGAUUCCAAUUGAUUGAUGAUAUCAAGAGUGAGUUAGAAAAAAAGUGUCCAAGGACAGUCUCUUGUGCUGACAUUCUUACUGCAGCAGCUAGAGAUGCCACUCUUUUGGCUGGAGGACCAUUCUGGGAAGUCCCAUUUGGCAGAAAAGAUGGCAAGAUUUCCUUAGCCAGAGAGGCCAAUUUGGUCCCUCAUGGCCAUGAAAACAUAACAGCCCUUAUUACAUUCUUUCAAGAAAGAGGUUUAGACAUUCUUGACUUGGUCACUCUCUCAGGCUCACACACAAUUGGGAGGAGCACUUGUUCUUCUAUCAUGGAUAGGAUUUACAACUUCAAUGGGACUAAAAAGCCAGAUCCCUCACUAAAUGUCUUUUUCUUGAAGUUGUUGAGGAAAAGGUGCAAAAGGGUGAUGGAUUUGGUGCACCUUGAUGUCAUAACCCCUAGGACUUUUGACACAACCUAUUACACUAACCUUAUGAGGAAAGUGGGGUUAUUGUCAACAGAUCAGUCACUUUUUUCAGAUGCAAGGACUGCUCCUUUUGUUGAAGCAUUUGCAACACAACCUUUUCUUUUCACUAGCCAGUUUUCAGUGUCAAUGGUGAAGCUUGGGAAUGUUCAAGUUCUGACUAGGCCUAAUGAAGGUGAAAUAAGGGUUAAUUGCAAUUAUGUCAAUACUGUCUAAUUGGUGUAAUGGUGUCCUACUUUGCUAUGCGGUUAAUUUCUUUGUUCCAUUUUUAUGUUUGGGAUUUUAAUGUCAAUAAAUCAUAUAGCCAGAGGGUUCGAUCA